AUGCUGCCGCUCACAACAUUCAAACCGGCUCGACAGCCAACAUCUCGUGCUCGCAGGAUUGCCCGCGAUCGCCAGUUCGUCGUCGCACUUGGUGGCGACGGCACCGCGCUCUUCACGUCGUGGCUCUUCCAGCGCAUCGCCCCGCCCGUGCUCCCGUUCGCGCUCGGCUCGCUCGGCUUCCUCACUAACUUCGACUUUAUGGGCUGCGCCGCCGCCACGGGCGCCGCGCUCGACAACGGCAUCCGCGUCAACCUCCGCGCGCGCCGUCGGCCGCGCGGUGGAGCCCGAGGACAUCCAUGGAUUCUUGGGGACAGAUGGCUCCAAUGCACUCCAGAUGAGCCCCAGAGCGAAGGCGAUCGACGCGGCGACUCUCCGCAGACGACUGACUCAGAGUCUACAUCGGAAGCUGGGGACGAGCAGGAUCCACCGGAGCAGCGAACGGGCAGUCUGAUACGACCUAUGAUGCAGUUCAUCCGUGACGUCUGGCGAAGAUUCAGAGGGAUUGCAGCGCAGGAGCCCAUGUUGAGAUACGAGCCGUGGACGCUAGCUCGAGCGUGGCGCCCGAUCCCGGCGCAACAGACACCGCACCGCCAGCCGUCAGCGGGCCCGCCGGCGACCGCUAUGACGCUCGACGAAUCGCCCCCGAAGGAGCAGGACGCGGCCCGAAUCGAGCAGUCACAGCCACUGGAUGCCGCCGAACCGCGUGCAGACGACUCAGAUGCCGCGCGCGCAGUAGCAGAGGCAAGCGCGGAUGCGGACGCGGGCUCUCGCGAGGAGGUCAGAAGCGUAAUCGAGGACGCUGAUGAACAUCAAGAUUCAAGGCGGCGACGCUCAUCCGAGUCAGGAGGGAUCAACCCCACCGGGCGACACAUCUACACAAUCGUCCGAGUCGCAUUCCGAGUCGGCCAGCCAGGACGCGAACAACGGCUGAUGAGGAAGAGGGAGGAUGAUAGCAUCGACAUGGCCGAUUCUUGAUGAGCUGUGACUGAUGCUAGACGAAUCUCUCGG